AUGGCUUCCUCUUCUUCUUCCAGAAGGAGCGGGGGAGGUCGAGGUCGCGGCGGCAGCGGCGGCGCUGUCGGGUCUGAUCGGAUUGAUGCGCUUGGAAGACUGCUUUCCACAAAUUUGGCGUUGAAAUUCGUUCGAGUUAAGGAUCUGCUUUUGCUGAAUUUGACGACUUACGCGAAAGUUCCAUUGAGGUCGCAUACUAUUGAAGAGAUUAGAGAGGCAGUUAGGAAGGAUAAUAAGCAGCGGUUUAGCCUUUUGGAAGAAAAUGGAGUGCUUUUUAUUCGUGCGAAUCAGGGCCACUCAAUAACGACUAUAAGCUCCGAGAGCCUAUUGAAGCCCAUUCUCUCAGCUGAUGAAGUACCAGUUUGUGUGCAUGGAACCUAUAAGAAGAACUUGGAAUCAAUCUUGCAAUCGGGACUAAAGCGGAUGUCAAGAUUACACGUUCAUUUCUCUAGUGGCUCGCCUGCAGAUGGCGAAGUAAUUAGCGGCAUGCGACGGGAUGUCAAUAUUUUAAUUUUCUUGGAUGUGAAAAAGGCAUUAGAAGAUGGAAUGAAGCUUUAUGUUUCAGAUAACAAAGUUAUCUUGACCGAGGGCUUUGAUGGUGUAGUUCCAGUCAAAUACUUUGAGAAGAUUGAAACAUGGCCAAAAAGAGAGCAGAUACAAUUCUAAGUCAGGUGGUGGUUGUUCUAUUAAAUUAGUAAUCAGCUUGAUAUUCUGUUCUAUUUAAAUUGAAAUACUGUAUUCUGUGCCUCUAUGAUUGCAGAAGUAUGAAUGUAUGUAAAUUUUGCUCAGGAAUAACAUUUUGAAUCCAGAAAGUUUUUGAAUUUGGUUUCAGAGAGAAAAGUUAGAAAAUAGGAAAUUCUGAUGGCAAUGUCAGCAUAUAUUACCUGUAGAUAUUACUUUCUUCUGUAUCUGAAUAACUAUUAUGUUUUGAUACACACACUCUCUCUCUCACUCA